UAUAAGGAGUUCCGGCGAUGAUGAUUCGAGCUCCGGUGAUGAUGAUUCGAGAUCCGAAGAUGACGACUCCAGCGAUGACGAUUCGAGCUCUGGUGGUGUUUUGAUUUGGUUUACUAUUUUUAUUACACACAACUAUGAAUUGCUUUAUUACAAUAUGAGAUUUCUUGUCUAAAUUGAUUGGUUUUGUUUUCAGUACUGUGAAAUGGUGUUUUUCUUAAAUUAAAUUUGGUUACAAUGAUGUUGUUUAGGAGAAAAGUUAGUUGUAUAUCAUGUCACUUGUAUAAUUUGACAAAGUGAUUCAUAAUUUUUUUUUGAAAUCCAAAGAAUUACAACGAGAGAUGAUUUGAUGAAGACAUACAACACUUGAGCCAAGUUAUUACAAAGACAACAACUCAAUCAGAUUCAAAUUUAAUAAAAUUUUAUGCUGAUAACAAAAAAAAGCAUUUAACUCAAUAACGCAAGCACAAACAUAGCUUUAUGACUUUAGUGAAGCUUAAUGAGCUCUUUUCAACUCUCUUACACAACUCUUCCACUUGAAUAUUCAUGAAGGAAGCUGUAGUAGGCGGUUUGAUAAAGAGACAUCCUGCGGGACGGUCCGCGAAGUCCUAUAUGUUAUGUGGUACGGGUUUGGGCCGACAUUCUGAGGACCGCAGCCCGGGCAGGACAGGCCCGCUGUGACCCGCUCGAUGGCUAACCCGCCGCGGUACGGGACGGGACGGGAUGGGAUGGAUAAACCUGUUUGACAUCUCUACCAAUAAUUGGUGUAAAUUAAUUGAGUAAUUAGUAUUUGUUGUAAUGUUUUUUUUAAUGAGAAAACUCACUAACUAUAUAUACACAAUAUUAUCAAUUUUCUUUUAUGUUUAUACAUUAAAAGCCCAUGGAAUCCAAUAAUUUUUAUUUUAAUAUUAUACUCUCUCCGUUCCCGAAAGUAAGAUUUUCUAGAGUAUUCACGCUUAAUAAAUGUUUAUAAUUUAAUUUAUUUUUUAUUUUAUUAUACAUUUUCCAAUAACUUCCCACCAAUAAAAUUUAAUUAAUUCAAAUAUUCUCAAUUAAUGUUUCUCAAUUAAUGUUUCUCAAUUAAUGUUUCUCAAAAGUAUUAAAAAAUACCUUAACAAUAUAGAAAAUUUAUCUUCGUGGAACAAGAAAAAAAUCUAAAAUAUCUUAUUUUCGGGAACGGAUGGAGUAUUAUUAUGUUUGAAUGGGAGAGAUAUACGCUAUAGAUUGAAUGAGCAACACAGAACACAAUGCCACAUUGCUGCAACAACCGUUCCAUUUAAUUCAAGCCCUUAAAACAAUCGUCAGACGCCACAUGAAAUUUUGUAAGCUUUACGUUACAGAUCAUAGCGUGACGUGUUAAUCUGUGAAUAAAUUAUCUCAAGGCUUUUGAGUUUAGACGUAAUUCAUAACUUAUAACUAUUUAAAAAAAAACUAAUAACUAUAUACAGUAAAACAAUACCUUAUAUAUGAAUCACACUAUAACGUGGACGAUGGAAAUAGACGUCGGCGUGAUUAAGGAGAAGAAGAAAGAGACGAUGUCGACGGGGGAGGAAGACGGAGAACCGUUAAGCCCGAUGGCGCGUGUAUUCCAGUCGCCAGGCAACGACUGCUGCGUUAUCACCAUGAUCGGUUGCAAAACCAAGAUCAAUGCCGACGUCAUUCGAAGUGGCUUGAAAGAGAAUGUUUCCAAGCAUCCUCGUUUCUCAAGCAAACUGUCACAAGAUGGUUUAAGUUGGAUUAAGACUCAAGUCAACAUAGAAGACCAUAUAUUUGUAGCAGAUAAAGACCAGAAUGAGAUUGCAGAAGAUGGAGAACUCUUUGUCGAGGACUACGUUUCACAUCUCACAAUGAUUCCUCUCGAUAAAUCAAGACCUUUAUGGGACAUUCACAUCCUAAACAUCAAAACAUCUGACGCAGACGCGGUAUGUGUAAUAAGAUCUCACCAUUCGUUAGGAGAUGGAACAUCCCUCAUGUCUCUCUUAGCUGCAUGCACUCAGACAACAUCACACCGAGACAAAGCUACUAUUCCUGCUCUUAAACGGCAUAAAAGGGUGUAUAAAGACAAAGUCUCAUGGUUCGUAAGGUUGAUACUAGCCAUCUUUUCAUCGGUGAGAUUGAUUUGGAACACUUUUGUGGAUCUUGUGCUGUUCUUGGCGAUUGCUUUGUUCUUGAAGGAUACAAAAACGCCUCUAAAAGGCGAUGUGGGCGUGAAGAGUAUUCCGAAGAAAUUUUGUCACCGGACUGUCUCACUGGAUGACUUAAGAGUUAUAAAGGAAGCUAUGAGCAUGGAGAUUUUUGGACAAGCUUGGAACCUUGAAGAAGCUCCCUCAUUAAAAACCUUAGCAAGAAAACUGUUUGGGACAAAACUUGUUAAGGAAAAAAGAGUAGAGUUCAACAAAGCAUAGGGCUUGGCCAGUGAGUCUAAGGAACUUCAGAUAACUCAUGGUGGAGUCCUUAGACUCUGGAUCAUGGCCUAACUUGUGCUACAAGUGUGAACUCCACAACUUGCACACACCAACAUCUCAGACUCUUCUUUAGGUCGGUUGUGUCUCCCCCUCUCUUAUGACUACUCACCAUCUUCAAAGAGGUUUAUGGACCACCAAGUGCUUUGAAAUCUCCAUUGUAGCCUCUCUUGAAGCUUCAUCAAUCAGGUACAAGCACACGUGCUAUGGGCUGAUUCAUAGCUUCCCAACUGAAGACAACUGUUCUAACUCCAUGUAGAAGAUGAUCCAUAGCUUCCUAACUAGAAGGUAAUUGUUCUAACUCCAUGCCUUGGGCUGAUUCAUAGCUUCCCCACUGAAGGUAACUAUUCUAACUCCAUGUAGAAGCUGAUCCAUAGCUUCCCAACUAGAAGGUAAUUGUUCUAACACCAAGUUGUUGUUGUCCUUGUUGAAUUCUUCUUGCAUUGGCUUUAGAGGUAACUGAGACACUGGAUGACUUGGACCUUCAGGAUAGCUCACCAUUACCUCUCCUCAAUCUUGAUCUGGAGAAAAUGAGUGAAGGACCAAGCUUGGAAGUGAGCAACACUGAAUUUUGAAACCAGGAGCGCAUCACCCCUACAGUUGUGCUUAAGUCAACUGAUUCCUCCCUUGAUCUCUUCUCCACUGCCCCUUGUGUGUCUUUUGAACCAGGAGCUCAACAACCAAACAGUCUGCGCUUAAUUCAACCGGUUCUUGCAAUACAUGAGGAGCUCCAGCUUGGUGUAUGUGGCUGAUCUUACAUUGGUCUGCCUCUCCAUCAAUACUCCUUCCUAAAGUAUCUUCAAAGCCCAAGCAUGUUUUAUUUCAGCCCCCACUUGCUACCACCUGGUCUCCUUACCAACAAUCUAUCCAUGGUCAGGAAUAUACAUCAUGUGUAGGCUCUGGAUCAAACAUGAAUAUACAUCAUGGGUAGGCUCUGAACAGCAUGGGCAAAGCCUUCUUCUUUGUCUUGAUUUUAUGAUGGACAGAGAACAACACUUGUGUACCUGAAACAUCACUCAAACUCCAGCAAGAAUCAGACCACACACACUAGGAUCAGACAUUGAUACCUCACCAAUUCUGAUCACAAUGUUUUAAGAAAAUGUAAUGGACAAAAUCUAAACAACUCAUUCAGUUCAAAUCCAUGCACACAAACUCACUAAACGUUCAAGAAUGAUAACUCAUCAGUUUCAAGACAUUUAGGCUAAUUUUACGAAUUUUAAUGACAAAAUCAAAAACUAGACAACUCAUCUAAUCACCUUAAACAACAUAUAAAUGCAAUACAAGAUCAGGAAACUCUCCUAGAUCUUUAGCAAUGCAACAAGACAUAAAUUGACUAAGUAACUCACUUAGGCCAGAGACAACACAAACAAAUUAAAACAAUUAAACAAGCUCAUAUUAAAAUCAGGAGGAUAGCUUACAACUCAAGGAACCUGAGCUGGUUCCUUGUACCUCCAUGACCAUGGUUCAUCUGAACUUGGCAGGUUUGAGGUGUGGGUGAAGGACCCAACACUUCUCCUUGGUAUGUCCAUCUCGUUUGCAGUGCUCACACCUGAGUCUUUUCCCCUCCUCCUUCUUGUACUGAGCCUUAUGAGACUGAAGAGAGGUGACUGCUUGAUUUGCAAGAGAAAGAGACUCUUUUCCUUCAAAUAAGCCUAGAGAGCCAAGUUCCUUUUGGACUUGGGAACACACUUCAUCCAGAGUCAGAAGCUUCUCUGACCUCAAAAUGUGCUUAAUGAGGUCAGUGUACAUCGGACUGAGGGUGAGAAGGAGCCCAAACACCUUGUCUUGCUCUCUUCUUUCAUGGAGAAUGAUUGGGUAUGUUGUAAAUGGUCUCAAUGAACAAGCUCACCCCACAGAGAGUUGAGCUUGCCAAAGUGAUCAUUAAACUCCAUCUCCUCCUGAGACAGAUUGUUUAUGGCCUUCUUAAGCUCAUACACUCUGCUUAACUUGGAUGAGUUUCCAUAAACCUUGUGGAGAGUCUCCCAAAGGUCUUUAGCACUCUCACAAUGUGAGUAAGCCUCCAUAAUAGGAACUGCAAGUGAGCUUUGGAGAAUAGACAAGACCAGUAGGUCUUCUUGCUGCCAUUUGUCUCCACUGUCAAGUUUAGAACCAGCUUGCUUUGGAGCUGCUUGUGAACAAUGUUCCCACAACCCUUGUCCUCCAAGUGCCGUCUUCAUCAGUCUGGACCAGAGGAGGUAGUUUGACCCCUUUAGCACCAUAGAAAUCGCAAAGCUUCUUGUUUUCUCCAUCUUGAAGAGUUUGGACCAGUGAGCAAUAGAGAGCACCCACUGGUUUGCAAGAAGCUGAGCUUGAAACUGGACUUUGAUGAAGCUUGCUUAACUGAGCUGAAGCUUUCUAGAGUUCCAGAAACUAAAGUCCUCAUUUAUCUUGAGUUCUGGUGAGUCUUUUUUUUCCUGGAAAAGCUUUGGACAAGAGGAUACAAGGAUGAACAGAAAGAUAUUUGAAAGAGAGAUAUGAACUCAAACAGAUUUGCAGAAGUUUUAUAGGUUUUCAGGAGCUUGAAGCUCUGAUACCAUGUUAGAAAUCCCUUAAAUAUUAAAAGAGAAGCAUUGUAAUAAAUGCGUUCACACUAAACUGGACACAUGUCAAGUGUAGAAACAUUGUAAUAAAUGCGUUCACACUAAAAUGGACACAUGUCACAUGUAGAGAGCUUCUCAGCCAAACUCUACAUAAAUAUGUUCACACUAUGUACUUUACGUUUUUAUAAUAUAAAACUCACAUGCAUGGUUAUUCUUUACGUUAUUUUUACUGUUUACGA